AUGUCUACUAUAGGUCCCACCUCCAAGGCAAUGCAUCCUCAAACGGGAAGUUUCAAGCUGGAGCACUACUAUCUUCCGGGGUAUGCCACUCGUUCCCUGACAACGACGGUUAGUGCUAGUAUUUCAUUAAGUGGCAGCGAUGCAACCAACAUCAACUCUUCCUGGGAAACACCGCAUCCUGAACUUGAAGCUGCCACCUGUGCCAGAACUAUCAGGACGCCAACACAUCACAACAGUGCGAUCCUCAACCCAGCUGCCACUCCUUUUGUACCAAUAGACUCUCCUUUGCAACCCAAACCUCAAACACGCGCCUCAAAAAUUAAUGAAAGCACAUUGCGAGCGAAGCCAAAUUCGCGUGAUUCUAAAGAACCAAAGUGGAAUUCUGCCUUCAUUUCUGGAUGUUUAGAAGAUCCAAAGGCAAAAUGGAACUUCGUGGCAAGGCGCGCCUCUCAAAUCGUUUGUUCGCCGUGGUUCUCCGUCGAAAAGGAUCUCGGCAUUCUCAUACGCAAGUUUUGCCAGCGGGCUCGAGUCCAAGAAAUGGGAGGGGGUCCUGAGUCUCUUGCCCCAUUCGCCGCUGAAGUUCAUCGCACAAUACAUGUUUUCUUCGGAGCUCACGCAGCUUUGUUGUUCCGUAAGAAACUGGCUACUCUGGCUGUCCGUACCUUUAUCGAUAAAUGGGAUAUCAAAAUACCAAAGGCAAUCGGCUUGUUUCCAAGACACGUUCCUCUUCUUGUCAUGACCACCAUGUCGCUUCUCGAUUUUAUUGGAGAACUCCAUGUCCAUGGGAUUCUCGAAGGACAUCAACUAUUCGCGUGCCUGCAGGUCUUGUUAAAGGGACUUAAAACUGUUGAACACAUCCAAGCUAUACAUAGACUUAUGGUGCGUUCCAAAGGAGGGUGCUGGCGGCCCGAUGGGGAGGAGAAGCACAGUCGAGAGGUGUUGGAAACGAUUCUGCAGAAAUUCCUGGAUGCCUCAAUCAAGGUCACGAAUGACAUAAAGCUCCUCACUGGUACUUCAUAUUCUCCGUCAGUCAUGGAAGGAUGGGUCAAUGAGAUUGAGCAGUUUGUCUCGGGAUUGCUGUCAGCGGCAGUUUAA